AUGAACUCUUCAGAAGGUUUGAUUCAGCAUGCCAGGGGAAAUUUUAAAGAAAGCUUUCUGUCCUCGGAAAUGAGUGAAAAAAUUAGUUUGGUGCGUCAAUGGAUCAUUGGGACAGGAACAAAAUUGUUAGAUUCUCAAACAUCUAAACCAUACAACUUUGAGGAAGCCUCUCAGAUACGUAAAUCGCACGAACAGUUUGAGUUUAAGUGCAUGAAAGCUUUAGAGGUUUUCGCUGAACUUUGUGAUUACAGGAAGCAGAGCAGCAUCAAUCUUGAGCUUAGCGAACUAGACUAUAUGGUUCAGAGUUUCGUUGAAAAGUUGAACAAGAGAACAUUUUUCGUUGUGUCGUGCUACACUUAUUUCAGACUAGUUGAAGAACUUUGGAGUAUUCUGGAAGAGCUGCAAAAGAGGGAGAAAGAGGUCGAUACCUACGACGGGGCGUCUAUCAAGAAUGCGAUAUCUGAUCUAGAGCAUGGCGUCGAAAAGUGUGAAGUGAGACUAAAUGGACUUGCCCACGAACUGGAGAGACUUAGGAUAAUCUUAAAGCCUGCUGAUCCAGAUUAUCUGGGGCAACUGGAGGAUGGGUUUAGGGAUGCAUGUCGAGCUGCCACUGAAGCAACACAAUCCCUUAAAAUACGCAAACUUGUCCUUAAGAAGCACUCCAAGUUACUUGAAUGUGAAGAAAAUGUUUACGAGUCUAUCGGUUGGAUAGAAGAGCUUUAUGAAAAUAUUGAAGUAAUGUACGAAGAAAAUUGUGUUGGAAAAAACCAACUAGAAUCAGAAGAUCUUUUGAAAAAACACAAUGAUAUAGAAAAUCAAGCAAAAACAACCUAUACAUAUUGUGUACAAUUAUUAGAAACAUACGGUAAAUUAUGUGAAGCAGAUAGUAGACGUUUACCUCGGAAUAUAGGAUUGAGUAAAACAAGACUAUUUCGUAUAUGGCCAAAGUUAACUGACAGAUUAUUGGAAUUACAAGCACGAACAGAAGCUGCAAAAAAAAUCUAUAUAACAACGGAUAUGCUUUUAACUCGUGUUCAAGAGUAUCUUCUAGAAUUAAGUCGAAGUCCACCGAUAUUUGAUCGUAAAUGUGGUUCACCAUCAACUCAAGGAAGUUUACCUGUUCCGAAUGAUCAAAAACGUAUGCAAUUAGAUAAAUUAUUACAAGAUUUCUCAUGUAUCAAAUCAAGCGGUUUACAGCUUAUUGAUAAAUUACCUAAAGGAUUAUUAUAUGAAGAUAUAUUAGCCAAUGGACAGAUAGCAGAUGAAGUAAUUCGUGUAAUACGCCUUAAACUUUAUACAUUAUGGUUAAAAGUAAGAGAAUAUGAAUAUGCUUUAUUGGGUCGAAACUCAUUGGAUAAUACAACUGCUAGUGAACUUGCUCCUGAUUGGCGUUCUCCAAGAAUAUUAUCUCAUUCAUCGAACUCAACAAUGCGACGAGUUGGAUCCCUUUUUGACGGUGAUUCUAGUCCAAUUACUGUGGUUUCACCACAAAUACCUGCAUAUGAGAGAAACACUCGACCAUCGAAUCCUUUAGGCAAUGAAUUUUGUAAUCAUAAUGGCUCAGAAGAAUCAGAUGAUAGAGGACAAUGUGAAUCUAUUAAUGGUCGAACUCAGUCAAUUCCUCAGUUAAGACGAAGUUAUUUAGAUAAAAUAAGCAGUGACAUAAGUUUUGCUACGAAAUUACCUUCAUCAAAUAAACCUUCGAAGCAAGAGACUUCACCGUUCAUUCCAUUUUCUAUCAAUAAUCACAAGGAAAGGACAAGCUAUAAUGAAGAUUUGAAAUCGAAAGAAAAUCCUGAUGAUAGUGAGAUCUAUUCUAAUCACACCUUGGAUAGUUUGUUUUAUGCGUUUAAACGUCAGUUGUCAGAUUUAACCAGAAGUAAUCAAACACGCAAUCCUGGAGAGACGGUAACAGAUGUAGAAUUAUUCAUCUCGGAACAUGACAAGUCUAAAAAUGAAGCGAAUAAAAAAUUCGAUGAAUUCAAACGUCAAUUGAAUUCUCUAUGUAAUGAAGAUAAUUCUAAUGUUAAAGCAUCAAAGCAUAAUAUUCUUCUUGAUGCUAAACAACUUCUUGAUAAUUGGAUUACUGAUUGGGCUGUACAUCGUGAAAAUCUUAAUUAUCGUUUGGCAUUUUUAAAUCGUUUAGAAGAUUUACAAACAGAUCUUGGUGAAUGUAUUUCUCGUCUAGAUCAAUUAAUCAAAGCUACUUGUUUAUCUGUUAAUACAGCUGCUGAAACAUAUAAGAAUCAACAAAAUCUUAAUAAAUUAGGUGCGACAGUUUUAUCAGAAGGUGAAAUUUAUCAAAUCAAUACUAUUAAUGAAGAAGUUAAAGGAAUGUUACAAACAAUUCCGGCACAAGAACAGUUUAUUCAAUCAUUGAUAAAUGAAGUUGAACAAUCUGAAAAGUUUCAAUUUCCUAAUCAUGUCAUACAAAUCAAAUCUAUUUGGAAAAAAUACACGGAAAAUUUAAAUAUAUUUAAAUCUUUUAUACAAAAUUUAACGAAGGCUUAUAACAUUAUUCCAGAGUUGAAUGACUACAAAUCAAGUUAUUUAGAUUUUAUAUCUGAUCCCAGUAAAUAUGUGUCUUCAACGAAUCAGAUUGAUAGUCAUAAAUUGCAACAAGCUAUUUUCGAUAUCAUAAAACCUGAUUGCUUAUCUCCUAAUGCUGAAAACGUCAGUAGAAUAUCUUCAAUCGAUCCACAAGUUUCAUGGUUAAUACAAUAUUUAACUUCUCAAUUGGAUUUAAUCAAAGAAUCACAAGAAGAAUUAGAAAUGGUCAUGUUAAAUAUACGAGUUGGUGGAAGUACAUCACCUGUGGAUUUGUCUGAAUUAGCUUCGAAAUCCCGUAAUAAUAAACCUAAUAAUACUAAUACUAAUAAUAAUAAUCAUCAUCAUCAUCAAAAAUAUUAUAAUGUGAAAAAAUCUCCAACACAACAUUCAUCAUCACCAGUGUUUUCAGAUGAGAAUUCAUCUGUUGCUUUUGCUAAUGAUAUACAUGAACCAUUGAAAUCAACACCAUCAACAUAUCAUUCAUUUCCAAAUAAUAUAAAUUCAAAUAAAUCUACAAUUCAAAUGAAUAGUAAUACAAAUUCUAAUGAAAUUAAUUCUGCACCACCUAUAUUAUGUUCAUCAUGGCGAAUUAUUAAACCAUUGAAUAAUAUUCAAUGUAAACUUGGUGAUACAAUUAAAUUACAAUGUUAUUUUAAUGGACCAUCAGCUAGAGAUACAUUCAGUGUUUCAUGGUAUUAUAGACCAUUUAAAUUAAUCAAAGGACAAUUAAGUUAUGGUUUAAAAGAAAGAAUUAAUUUAAUUUAUUCUAAUAAUGAUGAUAUAAUUGAAAAUAUUACAAUGGAUUUAGCUGAAUUGAUUAUUAAAAAAGUGACAACUUUCAAAGCUGGACUAUAUACUAUUCGUAUUAAAAAUGAAGAAACCGGUAAAGCAAUGAAAAGUAAUGCUUCUUUAACUGUAAUCCCCAAUAUCCUGGAAAGUAAACCUGAUUUGGACGUUGAAAUUCUAGAUUCAUCUACAGGACUCUUGAAACCAAUUAAGAUUAUAGUCAAUUAUGAAGGGUUAUGUAUCAUUCCUGAUGUAAAAUGGACAUUUAAUGGUUCACCUAUUAAUCAGUCUAUCUGGCGAAUUGAUACAGAUAUUGAUAAAAGUAUUCUGUAUUCUGCCAAUGCACAUGUUUCCGACAAAGGAAUUUAUGAAUGUGAAAUAAGGGAUCAUGUAACGAAUACAAUACUUAAAACGAGAAGAUCAAUACAGACCCAAUUUUCCGAGCCAGUUGCAGAACAACCGCUUGUGUUCGGCAGUAAUCAAACAGUCGGUAUGGUAUUUGUUGGUGAUCCAAUCGUUAUACGUUGCCCAUUACCAUCUGUAAUAAAAACAGGAUCAAUAAUACACGUUGAUUGGUUACAUAAUCAACAUACAAUUUACUCGAUGAAAACAACAGUUACGAAACAACUUGCCAAUAAAGUUAUCUCUAGCAAAUUAGCUAAUUUCGAAGGAAAUCAAUUUAAACGUAAUGAUACAAUAUGGCGGACUUAUAUAAUGGAUAAUCAUUGUGUUCUUACGACAGAUCAUGUUCAAAAUACAGAUGAAGGUAUUUACAAGUGUCGCAUAAAAUAUGACACUGGUAUCUAUGAAUCUUCAGGAUCCUUAUCUUUAGUGAAAGAUGUAUAUUUCGUAAGAGAGCUGCCUACAUUAUUAAACGUCUCCAAGGGUGAUUGUACCGAAUUGACAUGUUGCUUAGAAAUUCUACCAUUAACAGACAACAAGAAUAUCGAUUCCGUUAUCAGCAAUACGAGUUCAUUUAGUCGAACUGUUUCACCACAGUCAUCAAUGCCGCCUUUAUCUCUGUCACCAUUACUUAAAACGAAUCAAUGGGAACAGUUGUCGUUACAAAUUAAUUGGUUUUUAAACAACGAAUUAUUGGAUAUUGAGAAAGCUAAGAAACUUAACAUUAAUACAAAUUUUGUCAAUGGAUUAGCUACUUUAUCAAUUGAAAAUCUAUCUCCAGCACAUGAAGGCGAUUAUUGCUGUAAGGUGGAAAGUCCAAAAGGCAUCAUUCAAACACAAGGGAAGAUUAUACUUAGAAGAGAGCCUACACCUUCCAAAUUUACAAAUGAUGGGCCUAAAAUCAUUGGAGAAAUUCUGAAAUCUUCAAGUCCGAUCACAACUAAUCAAUGUCUAACACUUACAGUAAAUUAUACAUCCAACUCAAUUCCAGAAAUUGUGUGGUUUAAAAAUGAACAGAAACUCGAUAUUAACAGCAGCCGCGUUAGAAUGGAUAUGCAAAAUGAUCAAUGCAUUCUGACCAUUUUCGAUGCAAAACCUGAAGAUACUGGUUAUUAUACUGUGAAAUUAAGUGAUUCUUCUGGUAUUGUCCAAGAGACAAUAUUUGUUGAAGUAAAACAGAACAGUAUGAACGAGAUCGUUAGCAUGAAAGAAGAUGCUAUAAUCUCUAAUGGUCCCAUUCCUUAUAAACCUGUAUCAGUAGAAUAUAAUAAAAAUUUAGUUGGACAAAAAUCUAUUACUCAAACAUCUGGAAGUUAUUUGAAAGCAAAAUCUAUUAUAUAUGGUCCAUUAGACACAAAAGUGAAUAUUGGUGAUACUGUACGCCUAUUUUGUGUUAUACGACAAAUGCCAGAACCAUAUUUUGUUCAUUGGACACAUAAUGGACAAAUAUUGAAAAAUUCAGCACCAACAAAUCAAACUACCAGUGUACAAACAUGGGCAAAUUAUCCUAAGAAUGGAUUUUAUAUAUUAGAAUUGAAAUCUGUUGGUUUACAAGAUAAAGGAUUUUAUGGAGUGACUGUAUCAAGAGUAUUGGAUAUUUCAGGCAAAAUAGUAAAUGAAACAAUUGAAGAAGCGGUUUGUUGGGUUGAUAUUGAAGGUCAGAAAUCAUUGGAAAAGAAAACUGCUCCAGCAUUCAUAGAUGAUGAUGAAUUUUCCCCGAUGAUGGAAGUGAUAGCAGGUCAAGUAGUUCAGUUAAAAUGUAAAGUAGUUGGUAAUCCAUUGCCUUCAUACUUUUGGUUAAAAGAUGGUGAUAUGAUGUCAUCAACCAAAUUGAAUUUUCAAAUAUCUCAAUCAAAUGGUACGUACAAGCUAACUCUACCAGAUGUGAAUAAACAACAUUCUGGUAUAUGGGAUUUAGUUAGUUAUAACUCACAAGGUUUAAUUAUCAAAUCAUGUCAUUUGUUUAUCAGUGAUUUAUCAAAUGGUUAUCUGAAUUCUAACAAUAAUGCAACCAAAACCAAUGAAACAAUAAUUAAUAUAAAAUCUUCAUCUAACCAAUUCCAAGUCAAUAAUCAGUCAAUUAAUAAAGAAGAAAUUAUUGCUGAACAAAAUACUAAUAAAUAUUUUGAAAAUCAAUCGAAUUUGUCAGAAAAUAAAGUUAUUUCUGUACAAAAUUCAAAAUUAGAACCGCCUGAAUUUGAUAUUACGUUUACUGAUAAAGUUGCGCGUACAGGAGAGACAGUCUGCUUAAAAUGUUCAUUGAAAGGAUACCCAAAACCUGUGGUUCAAUGGCGUUUUAACGGAAAAGUACUUAAUUUACCGACUGAAAGAAUGUUCAUGAUUGAAAAUGAAAAUGAAUACACACUAUUCAUCUAUAAUACAUGUGAAAAUGAUACUGGACGAUAUGAAAUUACAGCCGAUAAUGUUAUAGGAAAAGCAACUUGUUCAGCUCUUUUGAUUAUAAACAGUAUAGUGAAAUCUCGGCAUAUUAGCCCAGCUAGUGAACCAGAAUAUACCACAACACAAACAGAGAAAUCAAAAAUCCAUCGUAACAAAUCUUUGGAAUAUUGUAAUUCAGUAACACAAACACCUGAUAAAAAACGAUCUUCUCUUAUUCGUUCAGUCAGUGCUCCACUAGACUUGGAGUGUAAUGGUUGCUGUAGCAAAGUAUCUUUAAGAUGUCAUGCUUGUUAUGCACCUUUAAUUCAAGAAUAUGAAGAUGCUCAAGUGAAAUAUUCGAAGCCGAAAUCGGAAUAUUUAACAUCUAACUAUAGUGGAACUUAUUCACGAUCAAAACCGUGGACUGUUAGACGGCAUAAAUGUUCCAGUGGUAUAUCACGACGAUUGACUGGAUCUGGUUUACAAACUAGACUAUCACGACAUCGAAGUGAAGGUUCCCUAUUGCAUCAAUGUCCCUAUUGCGACACUCUGAUGUUGCCAGUAAAUCCACCGAAUUUAGGAAAAUCAAAAAAUAAUAAAACUGGACGAAUUUUAAGUUUUCCUGGUGAAUAUGAUCAACCAAUCGAAUCAAAUUUAUCACAAGUCGAAGGAGAAGAUAUUUAUUAUUAUCAACCAAAUUAUAAACAAAUUAUUGUUUCACAUAAAACUACACGUACAAAACAUAUGAAUAUCACGAAAACAUCUGAAUCCCAUUUGCCUAUAUCAACUUUACGUGAAAGUAGAUCAUUACCCCCAUCCGAUGUACUUCAUAAGUCCACUAGUAAACUUCGUGAAAUACCAAUCACCAUUCAACGUGAUCAAUCCUAUAAUCAAAUGAACAAAUCACAUUAUCAAACAGUUCCAUGUAAAACCAAUCCAACCGCAAAGAAUAAUUCUCAAUCAGAAGGAACAGUUAGUAUUGUAGAAAGUUCAGAUAAUGAUUCGGCAGUUUUCUAAGGAUUGGAUCAAUUAGAGACAUUGUUUCAAGUAUCAAUUC